AUGACCAGUUUGUCCAAGAGCUUCAUGCAGAGUGGACGAAUCUGUGCAGCAUGUUUCUACCUGUUAUUCACGCUACUCUCAAUUCCAAUAUCGUUUAAAGUUGGUGGUUUGGAGUGUGGUCUUUCCUUCACGGUGACGCUGUUUACUUUGUAUUUCAUAACGACGACUUUGAACGUGCUAGCGAGACGAUACGGAGGGAAACUAUACAUUUUUUUGACCAGCUGUCUGUAUUACUCGCAACAUUUUAUCAUUGCAUCUUUGCUAUACUUGUUUUUGUCUGGAUUUUCCAAUGAUGAGUUAGGAAACGUUCUUAAAAAAAGACCUAAUGAGUCGGAGUCAUUCUUAGAAGCUUUGAAAAAUAGCUUAAAUUCAAAUCAAAUUAACUAUGUGCUAUAUUAUUACUACUUUCGAUUUGUUGUUCAGCCAUGGCAGUUUAUACUUACCAAAUCCACACCUUUUUUUACUCUGUCAGAAGGUUUCUUUACUAUUUUAGCUAUUCAGGCAGUCGGGGAAACCAAUAGAUGGUUAUCAAAUGACUUGAAUUCAAACACGUGGAUUAUCUCGUCACUGCUAGCUUCUGGAGGUGUGAUUACUGCUUCACUUUAUUAUUUGUAUCGAAUAUAUGUCACCCCUAUAUGGCCACUAUCUAUCCAAACAGCAUCUUUAUUGGGGUUUGUUUUGUCUAUGGUAUGUGGGCUUGGUCUUUAUGGUAUCGUGAGUCAAAAAGGAUCUGUCAUAGAAAGUUCGUUAUUUUUUGCGUAUAUCGUUCGUUGCAUUUAUGAAAUUUCUCCCAAAUUAGCCACUACGGCUACGGAUGAGAUAUUAGACUUGUUUAAGGACGUCUGGCAAAAGCAUCAAAGAAAUUUGCCCACGGCGGACAAUCUUUUGUGCUAUUUUCAUAACGUCAUAUUAAAAAAUGCUGAAAUGUUAUGGGGGUCCUUUAUCCCUAGGGGAAGAAAAAAAACUGGUGAUUUUCAUGAUAAACUCAUCAGUGUUCUUUCAUUUGAAAAGGUAUCUUUGAUAUCCAAACCAUUCUGGAAGUUUUUCAAGAAUUUUACCUUUAGCGUUCCGUUGUCCAUUAACGAAUUCUGCCAAGUCACAAUUAAGAUGGCAAGUGAAUCAGUUUCUCCAGCCAUAGUAGUUAAUUUAUGUUUUAGAGUUCUUAUGUUUUAUUCUGCGACAAGGAUUAUUCCAGCACUACAAAGAAAGAAUGACAAACAAUUGCGCAAGAGUCGUCGGAUUAUGAAGGGGUUAUAUUGGUAUAGCCCCUGUAUAUUGAUUGCUAUGUAUACCCACUUGAUUUUGCAAUAUUCCGGUGAACUGAAGAAAGAUUUAUGUAUAUGGGGUUGCAGUGAGAAGUGGUUUGGCUCAGACCAACCAGAAAUCAUAGUGGAUUCAUGGGGGUUUUGGAAUUGGUGCAACAUUUUCUGUACUAUUUUGGUAUAUGCUACUGAACUAAUAGGCUCUGGUAGUUGA